AUGUCUUCUGGUCACAAAUUCGUAUCGUCCUCUUAUUGGCUUGUUAGUCACGGUGGAACUAACCAUGACAACUGCGGAAACUGGACGACACCAUGUCAAACUUUACGAUAUGCCGUACGUUUAUCAAAUGAUAACGAUGAAAUCUAUGUUGAUUAUGCUGGUGGAAGACCGUAUAUGGAAUGUGAAAAAAGGGCGUACGACUCCACCUCUAUAAAUUUAAACAAAAGUCUUUCGAUUUUUGGAAGAAAUGGACGUGCAUUAAUAGUUUGUAAUAAAAAAGGAUGGCCAUUAUUUCGCGUUCAGAAUGGACAGUUGAACAUCAGCAAAAUUGGCUUGCACAAUUUGAUACUGAAAUCGACAGGUACUGCUGUUGACUGCAACGAAGCGACAACAUUUGCAUUGACAAUUGAAAAUUUAACAAUCUCAGAUGAUCUUCGAGGUGUUAGCAGUAAGAAAUCGCUGAACUGUUUCAUAAACGUGCGUAACUCUCUAUUUGAGGGUGCAAAGCAAGGAGGAAUUGACUUAACUUGCUCAAAUCUCACUGUAAACAUAAAAAAUAACAUUUUUAGAUCAAGUCCGGUCAUCCUGAAAACGGUCUACAGGAAAACUUAUGAAAAUAAAACUUCCAAUUUCGUGCUUUUUGUGGAAAACACGGUGUUUGACGGAGAACGUAUUCUUUUACAUAGCAGUCUUUUGGAGAUAAAACCUUAUGCCAAUAUUUUCAAUGCAACAGUAUGGAGCACCACUUUUAUUGACCAUUACGCAAGAACACCGAAUAAACAAAAAUAUGUGCCAUUGCUAAUCAGAGACCAAAAUGUGAGAAAUCGUAUCCUAACAGCAGUAUCCAUAAAAAAAAUCAACGCAGAGAACAACUUAAAUCAACAUGCAGCAGUUCGUUGUACUGUUUUAUCAAUUAUCGGAAAUUCAUUUAAAGUUCAAAUAGUUAACAACACUUUUAGAAACAAUUCUGCUGCUUUACAUAUUUAUCUUCUCCACUCGAACAAACAUUUAAAUGGUAAAUUCAAUAACGGGCGACAAUGGAAGCCAGUUAUUUUAAAAAACAAUUUAUUCAUUGACAACGGACAAAGCAACCCUAGUGGCAUAUCUUCGAUAGUGUUAGAAAAAGGUCACUACUUGAUGAUUUCAUGUCGCUUCUGUGACAACAGAAUGGGAAAAGACCCGUCUAAAGCGAUCAUACAAGUUAUGGAUGUGAGGAGAGUGAUUUUUAGAAAUUGUCGUUUUAAAAAUUGGCAACGCGAUACGGGUGCUACACAAUUUUACUUGCAAGAUUCUUCUCCUGUCUAUUUCAAGGGGAAAAACGUAUUUAUUUUCAAUGCUCUUAACAUGGGGCAAACAGUACUUAUGCGAAGUUCCCAAAAAGGAAAUUGUCGGCUCUUUGUCAAAGGCAAUUUCACUGUCGUAUGUCCACAUGGAUACACAAUAUCUUUUGAAAAGCAUUGCCCUUUUAGAUAUUCCUACUUUCAAUGUAGGUAUUUGUACUUACGAUGCAAUGAAUGUCCCCUAAAGACUUACGCUUUAGAAAGAUCAAAAUUCACUAUCACAAAAAGAAAUGACGUCAAAUGCAUGCAAUGUCCACGUGGCGGAAUUUGCAAUGGUGGUGUCCUGAGUUCACGACCAAAUUUUUGGGGCUACAAGUCUCGAUCAUCCAUCACAUUCGCACAAUGUCCACCGGGUUAUUGCUGUAACCUUGCUCACUGUGUUACUUAUAAUAAUUGCCAAGGCAACAGAACUGGCACGCUUUGUGGAAGAUGUUUAAGAGGCAUGUCGGAUAGUUUGUUUAGUACCUCAUGCACUUUGAAUAGUGAUUGUUCUGUAAAUGCUUUCAUUCCCAGUGCGAUGGCAUUAUUGAUCCUUUAUUUAAUUUUCUUCCUUUUCCACCAUGACGUUGAGUGUUUUUUCAUAGAAGGUUUUCGUGUUUACAAAGGGAUUUUUCGGCGACAGGGUUUGCAAGUUGCAAAAGAAAGGAAUAGUGGCUUACUAAAAAUAUUUUUUUAUUAUUACCAAGUGUUUCGCCUUCUGCAGAGUGUAGUAGGUGGCGGAAAGCGCAAUAUAUUCCUUAGUCAGCUAGGGGAUGACGUAUUGCGUCUCGUACAUUUGAUCCCCGUCGAUUUCUCUUCGUUCACUUGCCCUCUUCCCAGUCUUCUACCCAUUCAAAAGGCAAUAAUAGUUCAUUCCAUUGGCUAUUGUUUACUAGUGCUUCUUGGGCUGAUAUUUUUGUUCACUAAAAUUAUUUUGAUGUUUCUAAAACACUGUAAGAAUGAGGAAAAUGAAUUGCUAUUACUAGCAAGUAAUUUUUCUUCCUCACCAUCCUCCUCAACAUUCAAGUCGAGGAUUUUCUCAGCAUAUACAUAUGUUGCACUUUUGAUGUACGCAUCUUCAACAAAAUUGUGCUUUUCACUGCUUCACUGCGUACGAAUUGGUGACGACAACGUCUUGUUUUUGGAUGGAAAUAUAAAAUGUUAUCAACCGUUUCAAUAUGUUUUCAUAGGUUACGUUGCAUCUUCUGUAUUCCCAUUUUGUCUCGUGCCUGUUUUAGGAGCGUAUCUCUUGAGAACAGGUCGAAUCUCGGCCUCGCAUUUCUGUUUUUCGUGUUUAAUACCGCUGCCCUUCUGUUGUUUCUGGUUGUACUUGCUAAUGAAAGAUUACAUCAUCUUUAAACGUGACUUCAAUGAAUCUCGAAGCCCUUCAUCUUUUCGUGUUCUUCACAUUGAUCACCUUGUUACACGACGCAGACCUGGAAACAGCGAGAAGGGUAAAGCUCAAGUUUCUAAUGAAAGCCAGAUUUACAAUGAUGAAGUCGGCUUCUCGAACAGUGGUAGUAAUGCUCAAAACCAGUUAGGAGAUCAAUCUUACUCCGAGGAAAGAAAUGAGUUGUUGAAUAACAAUAGUGAAAUGAGCAGUGAUGAAGAAAGAGAUAUACGCGAAUAUGGUAAUUCUGAAAGUCUUCAAGGGAACAAAGGAUAUCAUCAAGAUGACGAUAAAGCAAGUGUUCUUAGAGUGCUUCUCACUCCAUUUCGCACCCAUGAGGCUUUUCUUUGUUUUCCCCAAUCCAAGAUACCAUGGGAAGGGUUUUUGGUGUUUCGAAGACUUAUUAUUAUUCUUGUGUUAACGUUUGUUCAAGAUAAUCGAGUAAAGAUGAUCCUUGCCUUAACAAUAUGUGCCGCCAUAUUGGCUUUUCAUACGUAUGUGAAACCUUUCGUGAACCCUCGUGACAACGUCAUUGAAUCCAUUUCUCUCUUUUGUCAUGUGAUUUUGUGUGGAUUGACAUUAAUCAAAUGUAUCUACUACGGCGAAGAUCUAUCACCCUCUUCCAACAGCCAAAAUAUAUUUCCAUCCUUUGAUAUGAUUCAAAAUGUUCUGCUCAUCACUCCAAUUGCAAUAUUGAUGUUGGUUUUGAUUUUGUCAAUUUUUGGAAGACUGCUGAUAGUGAUUCAAAAGUGCUUUCGCGUUAUUCAAUUAAGUUUUGAAUUGUUUAAUGACUGUUAUCGGGGACGUACUUGAUCGUGACUCUUUAUAACUGCUAUUGACAUUUUGCACAUCUUGAAGUUUGCUAAUUUUUUCAUUGAUUUCUUAGCAAUUAAUUUCUUAUUCGCAUAUUAUAAUUCUUUGGUUUGAUGAUGUAGGAAUUUUUGGUUUUUAUUUGUCAAAUUUAGUCAUUAUAUCUAUAUGAUUUACGAAUCUGGUA